AUGGGCUCCGACUCGCCCCUCCCAGCCGUGGCUUCACGGUCCUCGCGUGAUGCGUACUACGACCUCGGCAACUUCAGUCUCAAGGUCAGCACCGCCUCACCCGAGGCCCAGGCGUGGUUCGACCGGGCCCUGGUGUGGACGUACUGCUUCAACCACGACGAGGCCAUUGAGUGCUACAAGCAGGCCAUCGCUCACGACGGGGACCUCGCGCUCGCGUACUGGGGGCUCUCGUUCUGCUCGGGGCCCAACUACAACCGCACCUGGAGGCUGUUCGGCGAGGCGGAGCGACAGAGGGCCGUGGAACUGUGCUUCGCCUACUCGCAGGAGGCACUCCGCAGGGCCGCGGGCGCGGCGCCGUGGGAGCAGGGGCUCAUCGAGGCCCUGGGGAGCCGGUUCCCGGACGGCGACCCGGACCGCGAUCUCGCGGUCUGCGACAGGGCGUAUGCGGACGCCAUGAGGGAGGUGUACCGGCGGUUCGGGCAGGACGACUUCGACAUCAUCACGCUGUUCGCCGAUGCGCUGAUGAACGUCGCGCCGCGCAGGCUGUUCGACACGGCCAGCGGCGAGCCCAUCGCCACGACGCCCGUCCUCGAGGUCAAGCACCUCCUCGAGGCCGCGCUGCGGAUGCCGGGCGUCGAGAGGCACCCCGGCGUCGCGCACAUGUACAUCCACCUCAUGGAGAUGUCGGCCACGCCCGAGGCGGCCCUGCCGGCUGCCGACAUGCUCCGCGACCAGAUCCCGGACACGGGGCACACGUACCACAUGCCGGCGCACAUCGACGUGCUGGUCGGGGAUUACCGCCGGGCCGUCGAGUACAACCUCAAGGCGACGCUGGCCGAUGACAUCUUCUUCUCCCAGGCCAAGGUUCAAGUCGAGGGGAGCAGCAGCAGCAACAGAAGCAGCAGCAGCAGCAGCAAACAGCACACAUUCUACAGCUACUACCGGCUGCACAACUACCACUCCCUCAUCUACGCGGCCAUGCUGGGCGGCAUGUCCAAGGCGGCGCUGAGUGCGACGGACCGCAUGGAGGCCGCCGUCACGGAAGGCCUCCUGCGCACCGAGAAGCCCGCCCUCGCCGACUGGAUGGAGUUCUUCAAGGCGGUGCGCGUCCACGUCUACAUCCGCUUCGGCCUGUGGGACGAGCUCAAGCAGCUGCGGCCGCUCGAGGACGGGCGCCUCUACUGCGUGACCAACGUCAUGCGCCACUACGGCAAGGCCGUCGCGCACGCCGCCACCGGCGAGGUCGACGAGGCCGACGCCGAGCGCGCGCUCUUCCGGGAGGCGGCCCGGCUCGUGCCCCCGGAGCGCCUCGACUUCCCCAACAGGAUCCGCGACAUCCUCCACGUGGCGGCGGCCAUGCUGGACGGCGAGAUCGAGUACCGGCGCGGCAACUACGCCGAGAGCUUCGGGCGGCUCCGCGACGCCGUCGCCCUCGAGGACGAGCUGCCCUUCGCCGAGCCGUGGGGGUGGAUGCUGCCGGCGCGGCACGCCUACGCGGCGCUGUCCCUGGAGCAGGGCCACGUCGAGCAGGCGGCCGUCGCGUACGCCGAGGACCUGGGCCUCCGUCCGACGCCGAAACGGGCGCACCAGCAUCCCAACAACGUGUGGGCGCUGCACGGGUACCACGAGUGCCUGGUCCGGCUGGGGAGGGACGCCGAGGCGAGCGUCAUCAAGAGGCAGCUGACGCUCGCGGCUGCGGAGGCAGACGUCGACGUCACCUCGUCUUGUUUCUGCCGGGUCGGGGUGCCCAAGUCGGGUACAGAUGGACGUGUGAACGGCUCAUCGUGCGAUGCUUGUUAG